GGGCCGGCGGGCGAAGGGAAACGGCCCCGGCGCGGCGGGGGCCAAGGGGCCGCGGGCGACAUGGAGGGGGUGCUGUACAAGUGGACCAACUAUCUGAGCGGUUGGCAGCCUCGAUGGUUCCUUCUCUGUGGGGGGAUAUUAUCCUAUUAUGAUUCUCCUGAAGAUGCCUGGAAAGGUUGCAAAGGGAGCAUCCAGAUGGCGGUCUGUGAAAUUCAAGUUCAUUCUGUAGAUAACACGCGCAUGGACCUGAUAAUCCCUGGGGAGCAGUAUUUCUACCUGAAGGCCAGAAGCGUGGCUGAGAGACAGCGGUGGCUGGUAGCCCUGGGGUCAGCCAAGGCUUGCCUAACAGACAGUAGGACCCAGAAGGAAAAAGAGUUUGCUGAAAACACUGAAAACUUGAAAACCAAAAUGUCGGAACUAAGACUCUACUGUGACCUCCUCGUUCAGCAAGUAGAUAAAACAAAAGAAGUGACCGCAAUUGGUGUGUCCAAUUCUGAGGAGGGAAUUGAUGUGGGAACUUUGCUGAAAUCAACCUGCAAUACUUUUCUGAAGACUUUGGAAGAAUGCAUGCAGAUCGCAAAUGCAGCCUUCACCUCUGAACUGCUCUAUCGCACUCCGCCAGGUUCACCGCAGCUGGCCAUGCUGAAGUCCAACAAGAUGAAACAUCCUAUUAUACCGAUUCAUAAUUCAUUGGAAAGGCAAAUGGAGUUAAACAGUUGUGAAAAUGGAUCUUUACAUAUGGAAAUCAAUGAUGAUGAAGAAAUCCUAAUGAAAAAUAAGAGCUUAUAUUUGAAACCUGCAGAGAUAGAUUGCAGCAUAUCAAGUGAAGAAAAUAUAGACGAUAAUAUAACAGUCCAAGGUGAGAUCAUGAAGGAAGAAGGAGAGGACAACCUGGGAAAUCAUGACAGCAGCUUGACACAGCCUGGAUCAGACUCCUCAAGUAGCUCUCCAGAAUCCCACUGGGAAGAAGGCCAAGAAGUUAUCCCGACUUUCUUUAGUACCAUGAAUACCAGCUUUAGUGACAUUGAACUUCUGGAAGACAGUGGCAUUCCCACAGAAGCAUUCUUGGCAUCAUGUUAUGCUGUGGUUCCAGUAUUAGACAAACUUGGCCCUACAGUGUUUGCUCCUGUUAAAAUGGAUCUUGUUGGAAAUAUUAAGAAAGUAAAUCAGAAGUAUAUAACCAACAAGGAAGAGUUCACCACCCUCCAGAAGAUAGUGCUGCAUGAAGUGGAGGCAGACGUAGCCCAGGUUAGGAACUCAGCUACAGAAGCCCUGUUGUGGCUGAAGAGAGGUCUCAAAUUUUUGAAAGGAUUUUUGACAGAAGUGAAAAAUGGAGAAAAGGAUAUCCAGACAGCCUUGAAUAACGCAUAUGGUAAAACAUUACGGCAGCACCACGGCUGGGUAGUUCGAGGGGUUUUUGCGUUAGCUCUGAGGGCGGCUCCGUCCUAUGAAGAUUUUGUGGCCGCGUUAACCAUCAAGGAAGGCGACCACCAGAAAGCAGCAUUCAGUGUUGGGAUGCAGAGGGACCUCAGCCUUUACCUCCCUGCCAUGGAAAAGCAGCUGGCGAUACUGGACACUUUGUACGAGGUCCACGGACUGGAGUCUGACGAGGUGGUAUGA